CCCGCCGGCCCGGCCCGCGCGCCCGCCAUGGCGCAGGCCGCGCCCGCGCCCCAUCGCACCCACUCCUUCGCGAAGAAGACCUUCCACAAGCCGACGUACUGCCACCACUGCUCGGACCUGCUGUGGGGCCUCAUCGGGCAGGGCUACGGCUGCGAAGUCUGCAACUUCAUAGUGCACGAGCGAUGCGUGGGGCAAGUGGUGACGCCGUGCUGCGGGGUGGCGCCGAGCCUCAUCAAGAACCCAGUGGCUCACUGCUGGUCAGAGCCCACACACCACAAACGCAAGUUUUGUACGGUGUGCCGGAAGCGGCUCGAUGAAUUACCAGCUCUACAUUGCAUGAUAUGCGAGUACUACGUGCAUGGAGAAUGCGUAGACUUCGCUGCAGCCGACUGCAAGGAGAACGCGACCUACUGCGCGGGCAGCGAGCCGCGCCACGUGCAUCACUGGCGCGAGGGCAACCUGCCCGCGAACAGCAAAUGCUCCGCGUGCCGGCGGGCCUGCUGGUCCGCCGAGUGCCUCACGGGCUACCGCUGCGAGUGGUGCGGCAGUACGUGCCACGCAGGAUGUCGCGCCCUCAUACAGGACGAUUGCAACUUUGGGAUGCUGCAGCCGAUCUUCUUACCACCGUCGGCGGUGUCUAUCCCCCGCACGGAGGUGCCUAUGGAAGCCAUCAUCGGCGUGCACGUGCGGCCGCCGCCGUCGCAGCGGGACUUCGGCUGCCCUCGCAGUGUCAGCGAGGAGUUCAGUUCCGGCUGCGAGGGCCGUUCGGGCUCCGGCGGCGGCUCCACGGGCGCUCCCGCCGACCAGGACCACCGCCCGGACCACAAACAGCAUCGGGACAGGACCCCGGAUGAUCGAGAUGAAGAAGUGGUGAAGGUGUACGACGGCGAGGCAGCUUGGUCUCGGCGGCUUUACCGGCCUGUAGUAGUGGGUCGCAAUUGGAAUGAGCGCGAGCUGGUCGCAGCAGCGCUACGUGCCUUCCACGUGGCGCGCGACCCCGACCUGUUCGAGCUCACCGACGCACUGGCCGGCGACGAGCCCCCGCUCAGGGACCCCACGCCCCUCGCGCAUGUUACACGCCUUCCCAACAAGAGACCGGCACUCUUCUUACGAUUCAAAGAACCAGAGAGUGGUGGUGGAGAGGUACGAGUGUACCCGGGGCGGGUAGCGGGCGCUGGCGAGACGUUUGUGACGGUCGGCAUCACCGGCGACGACGCCGUGGCCGACCUGAUGGCCGCCGCGCUCGAACGGUUUGGACUCGACCCCGCGCGGGCCGUGCAUGACUAUCGUUGCUCAGAGAUACUGCUAGACCGAGGAGUGUCGGAGCGCGUGCUGGAGGAGGACGAGCGGCCGUGGCGCAUCGUGGUGCGGCUGGCGCGCGAGUCGGUGCGCCGCAUGGAGCUGGCGCGCUUCUACCUGCAGCCGCGCCGCGACCCGCACGGGCCCACGCUCGCGCUCUUUGUCGCCUCCUUACCGCCCGGCCUCUCCGAGAGGAACUACGAGAACAUCUUGGUCGAGUUCCUGGGUGCCGAUAACAAGUUCACCUCAAUCGGCCCGAUUUACUACGAGUACGGGUCGAUGGUGAUCACGUAUGAGGACGCGAGCAAAGCGGUGCGCGCGCUUUAUGCGCUCAGAGAGGCCAAAUAUGAAGAUAAGCAUUUAUUGGUGAUGUUGUUGCCGAGCAUCGAGCCUUCGAUGGUGCCGGCGGGCGUGAAGCCUCUGCUGGUGUUCGUUAACGUUAAGUCUGGAGGCUGUCAAGGCCUCGAGCUCAUUUCUUCCUUCCGCAAACUCCUAAACCCCUACCAGGUGUUUGACCUUGAAAAUGGAGGUCCGCUGCCUGGAUUGUACGUGUUUCGUCACAUUCCCAACUACAAGAUCCUAGUGUGCGGUGGCGAUGGCACGAUCGGCUGGGUGCUGCAGUGUCUCGACAACGUCGGCCAGGACUCGCAGUGCUCCAACCCACCUUGUGCCAUCGUGCCGCUUGGCACUGGCAACGACUUGGCUCGCACCCUCCGCUGGGGCUCCGGCUACACUGGUUGCGAGGACCCUCUGUCGUUGCUGCGUGACGUCAUAGAUGCCGAGGAGAUCCGCCUCGACCGCUGGACUGUUGUCUUCCACCCCGAGGAUAAGCAGGACGAGCCUAAGGAGCUCUCCAAGCAACUACCUGGAUCACAGAGCGAGGACAACUCCCAGAUCCUCGUGAUGAACAACUACUUCGGCAUCGGGAUAGACGCGGACCUCUGCUUAGAUUUCCAUAAUGCUCGUGAAGAGAAUCCUAAUAAGUUUAAUAGCAGGCUCAGAAACAAAGGUGUGUACGUGAAGAUGGGACUCCGGAAGAUGGUGGGGCGCAAGAUGUGCAAGGACUUGCACAAAGCCAUCCGCCUGGAGGUGGACGGCAAGCUAGUCGAACUGCCACAGCUAGAGGGCAUCAUCAUUUUAAAUAUACUCAGCUGGGGUUCAGGUGCCAAUCCAUGGGGCCCGGAGAAAGACGAUCAGUUCAGCAAGCCCAACCACUGGGACGGCAUGCUGGAGAUCGUGGGCGUCACCGGCGUCGUACACCUGGGACAGAUCCAGUCUGGCUUGCGAGGCGCCAUGCGGAUAGCGCAGGGUGGCCACAUCAAAAUCAACCUUAAGAGCGAGAUCCCCGUGCAGGUGGACGGCGAGCCGUGGGUGGCGGCGCCUUCCGAGGUGGUGGUGCUCAAGUCUGCGCUCAAGGCCACCAUGCUGAAGAAGCGCGGCAAGGUGCGGCGCCGCAACACGGAGCCCAGCAUGCCGCGCUCGCCGGAGCGGCCCGAGCGGCCCGAGCGGCCCGAGCGGCCCGAGCGCGCCGAGCUGCGCGAGCGGCCCGAGCGGGCCGAGCGGGCCGCCGACUCCUGA